AUGGUUCUUCAAGAAGCUAGUGCAAACACCACUGCCAAGCAGACUUAUGGCCGAUGGGCUUUCUCCCCGGUCACUGAUGGAGUAUACAUCAAGAGCCUGGCCAGCGAGCAGUUGACACAAAAGAAAGUUAACGGCGAACGCCUUCUUGUCGGGAUCGACGACAUCGUAGCAAAGAACCCGACCAAGACCGGAGCAAACGACACCCGCUUCGAAACAAACGGGCUGACGGGUCUCACGGCCCUUGACGUUAGCCAAGCCGGGGCGGGACCACUGCAGCAAGCUAUCAACAUAUACGCUGAGCAAACAUUCGUCUGCCCGAGCUACUGGCUCUCCUCCGCCUUCACAGGUCCCAAGGCUGCCUGGCAUUACCAAUACUCCGUCCCCUUUGCCUGGCACACCUCUGACGUCCCCGCAUACUUUGGGCCGGCGACCCCGAACCAAGGCUCGGAGUUCGUUCUUGCAUUCCGAAAGAUAUGGGGAAACUUCAUUACGAAGAAUGAUCCAUCCAUCAGCAAUGAAGAGGCGAACGGCGCAUCGAGCGCUGAUUCGGCUGCGAAGAAUGGCGCCAGCGAAUGGCCAGCUUGGAUCGAGACGGAGCCCAAGCAGUUGAAUCUCAACCAGACGGGUGGCGUCCCGUAUCAAUUCACUACGCAGUGGGGUGUGACCGUGACGCAGUUCCAGGCAUCUGGACAGGUGAAUGCGAUUGCUGUCGUGCCCGCGGAUUCGUGGGAGGGCGGACGCGGGUCUAGAUGCGACUUCUGGAAGACGUUGGCACCAAGCAUCCCGGCGUAG